AUCUUCUGUACACCAAAUUUCUUCCCCCUCCCCUCUCUUCCUUUCUUGCAUAAAAUUGCAAUAUCAAUCUCUUCUCUCUCUCUCUCUCUCAAAAUCUGAGCUUAAAAUAUAGCAAUGGCAUACGAGGAUCGAUAUGUACAAGCCCCAAAAUAUGACUGUCUUUUGUUUGAUCUAGAUGAUACUUUGUACCCUCUUAGCACCGGGCUAUCAAAAGAAGUUCUGAAGAACAUUCAAGAUUAUAUGGUUGAAAAGUUAGGCAUAGACAGGAGUAAGAUAAAUGAUCUGUCUAACCUUUUAUACAAAAACUACGGCACAACAAUGGCUGGUCUUAGGGCAAUUGGCUAUGAUUUUGACUAUGAAGAAUAUCAUAGUUUUGUUCAUGGGAGAUUACCUUAUGACAACCUAAAACCCGACCCGGUUCUUCGAAGCCUUUUGUUAAGCUUACCUAUUCGUAAAGUUAUAUUCACCAAUGCGGAUGAGACUCAUGCUAUUAUAGCAUUAAAAAAGCUCGGAUUAGAGGAUUGCUUCGAAGGUAUCAUUUGUUUCGCGACUCUAAACCCGACACACAAAAACUUUGCAUCAGACGACGAAGAUGAUAUUAAGUUUGUAGGAACAAGGCCGAGGACACUUUCAAGUAACAACAACAAUACUAACAAUGACACUCAACUUUUUGACAUAAUGAGUCAUUUUGCCAAUAAACAAAAUGAUGCUACUACAUUGCCCAAAACACCCGUUAUUUGUAAACCAUCAGCAUCUGCAAUUGAAAAAGCUCUUGAAAUCGCCAACUUAAACCCUCAAAAAACAAUAUUCUUUGAUGAUAGUGUCAGAAAUAUACUGGCUGGAAAACGUGUGGGUCUUGACACUGUACUGGUUGGAACUUCUCACAGGCCAAAAGGAGCUGAUUAUGCACUGGAAAGCAUUCACAAUUUAAGGGAAGCAUUACCUGAGCUUUGGGAAUCUGAUGUUAGGGCUGAAAUCUACUCCGAGAAAAUAUCAAGAGAGACUUCUGUCAUUGCCUAAGUUCAUCAUGUGUUACCCUCGAUCAUGAUCGAAAAUUAAUAAUCACGUUAAUAAUGUUAUUUAAACAGAAUUGCUUGCUAACAACUUCUAUGUUGUAUGAUCUAGCUAGUAACAUUACCAUAUUUUCGAAUGAAUGGCCGACGGGAUAAUAGUAAUAUUCUAUCAGGAUGGAGGAAAUAGAGGAGUUUGAGAUUAGAAUAUAAUGUCGUGUAAUAACAAGUAAAAGAGGGUUUCAUAUAUUAGGAUACUCGAUACAUUGUAUCAUAAAAUCUCCUAAAAUGUAUGUCAAGUAAUGGAUGAGUGCAUGUACAGUUUUUCUCAUGUCUUAUUUUUUUCCAAUAAUGAUGGCAUGAUGUCAUUUAUUUUUAGCAACU